GGAAAACAACGUUUUGGGGCUGGUGCAUUUGUUCCCAGUCCAAUAGGACCCCGUCCCGACCUUUCGCUGACCUCUCCUAUCCGAGCAAGGCUGCUGUCACUUUAAAAAUUUACUGAGGGGAGCGUCGUCCGACUUCCGAUCGCGGACAGCAGAUAGCCCUGACUGCCUUUCUCUGUAUGGAUGGGCGAGCAGAUCCUCUUUAAAGAGACAGUCCGUGAAAUAGAGACACACAGAUCACACUGUUGGGACUGGGGGGAAAAAGGUGGGCGAUCUGGCCGUUUCACUAUCAGAAGUUCCUGAGAGUGGAAAAAAGGGGGAAACUGAAGUCCUCCUUCGUCCCGUACACCUGAAGAGGUUUUCCUGAUGAACGAGCUGCGCUUCUGUCGGAUGAAGUUUGAAGAAGUUAAUGCGGUUAGAGGUUAAUACUUUUCCAGGCAUCUAGUUUGAAAAGAAAGACAAUGUGAGAGGAGAAAGAAAGGUAACCGGGGGGAAAUUAAGUAUUGUACUUCUGUUUAAACUGAAACGAAGCUGUGUUCUUGAGACGAUUUCAUUAACAACGGGAAGUUUUCAAGAGUCAAAGACGCUCAGGCACGGACACUGACCUACCGAAACAUUUACUCUUAAAACCUUCAUUUGAGAAUGCACUGAGAUCAUUUUUUUUCCGUUUCCCUUUGGAGCCUUUCUUGGGAGCUUUUUAUCUUCUUUAAGCUAUAGAGUUUUGCGAGCUAUAACGGGCGACACGUUCCUUAAGAUCCUGGAUGAGUUUGGCAAUGUGAAGUUCUGCGUGGAUGCCAGUGAGCCAGAUAUAGGGAGCUGGCUGAAAUACAUUCAGUUUGCCCAGCUCUGUGAUCUGCACAAUCUUGUUGCAUGCCAGAUAAAUGAUCAGAUAUUUUACAAAGUUACAAGAGACGUUGAACCAGGAGAGGAGCUGUUGCUUUUCAUGAAGGCAGAGGAUUAUUCAUGUCAGACAAUGGCACCAGAUAUACACGAGGAGCGGCAGUACCGGUGCGAGGACUGUGACCAGCACUUCGAGUCGAAAACCGAGCUCUUGGACCACCAGAAGUUCCCCUGCAGCACGCCUCACUCUGCCUUCUCCAUGGUGGACGAGGGCCUCCAGCACAAAUCGGGCAGCGAGCGCGACCUCCACGACCUGCACGAUCUCCACCAUCCACACAAUCCCCAGGAGUGCAAGGAGUGUGACCAAGUGUUUCCAGAUGCCCAGAGUUUGGAGAGGCACAUUCUGACCCACUCCGAGGAACGUGAAUACAAGUGUGACCAGUGCCCCAAAGCUUUCAACUGGAAGUCCAAUCUGAUCCGCCAUCAGAUGUCACAUGACAGCGGGAAGCACUAUGAGUGUGAAAACUGCUCAAAGCAGGUGUUCACAGACCCCAGUAACCUGCAGAGACACAUUCGCUCUCAGCACGUAGGGGCUCGAGCACAUGCUUGCCCGGACUGCGGGAAGACAUUUGCCACGUCUUCUGGGCUGAAGCAGCACAAGCAUAUCCACAGUAGUGUCAAACCCUUCAUAUGUAAGUCUCUAAGACCCUUCAUAUGUGAAGUGUGCCACAAGUCCUACACUCAGUUCUCAAACCUUUGCCGCCACAAGCGAAUGCAUGCUGACUGCAGAACUCAGAUCAAAUGCAAAGACUGCGGACAGAUGUUCAGUACCACCUCGUCUCUGAACAAGCACAGGCGGUUCUGCGAAGGGAAGAACCAUUUUGCUGCUGGGGGAUUAUUUGGUCAAGGCAUUUCUCUUCCGGGUACACCAGCGCUCGACAAAGCCACCGUGGGUAACAUCAGCCAUGGCAGCCCGGCUCUGGCUGACUACUUUGGGGCCAACAGGCAUCACAGUGGGUUGACCUUUCCGGCAGCCCCUGGUUUUCCCUUCAGCUUCCCCAGUCUGUUUCCUUCUGGACUUUAUCCCAGGCCACCACUGAUUGCUAGCUCUCCAGUGAAAGGGCCUCAAGGUACAGAUCAGGGCAAGAGCCCUCUUCUGACACCCCCACAGGUGGUGACAGGUGCCCCAGACAUACUUCAGUCCUUGAGCAAACUGUCACCCCGCAAUGAGACCAGAGGGGCGGUGCAUCAGACUGAGAUCUCCUCCAAGGAGAGGCCCCUCGGUAAAAUGAGUGACCAAUCUGAGAGCAGCGAUCUGGACGAUGUCAGCACCCCCAGCGGGAGUGACCUGGAGACCACAUCUGGCUCGGAUCUGGAGAGCGACCUGGAUAGUGACAAAGAGAAAAACAAGGAGAAUGGCAAAGCUCCAGUGGGGAAGAAGAGCAGUCUUCCGAACACAGCCUCCGUGAACAGCAGUAAGAAGGAAUUCCCCAACCACUCCCUCUUCCCCCCUGCCCUUGACGAGCAAACCGCUGUCUCUGGGGCCGUCAACGAUUCCAUUAAGGCGAUUGCGUCCAUCGCUGAAAAAUACUUUGGCUCCACCGGACUUGUUGGGCUGCAGGACAAAAAAGUAGGGGCUUUGCCCUAUCCUUCAAUGUUCCCCCUCCCAUUUUUUCCAGCCUUCUCUCAACCAAUGUAUCCUUUCCCCGAAAGAGAUUUGAGAUCCCUUCCCCUAAAAAUGGAGCCACAAUCUCCGAACUGCGAGUCCAAAAAGGGCCAGAGCAGGAACUCUGAGUCGCCCUUUGACCUCACUACCAAGCGCAAGGAGGAGAAGCCAGCGCCCUUCACUAGCUCAAAGGCAGGGGCUUCUCAGUUAGCGAACCAAGACCAGCCCUUGGACUUGAGCAUGGGCAGCAGUCGGCGGGCAAUCACAGCUAAAGUCGAGGAGACCAGAAAAAAUCACGUGUUUGGCGAGGAGCAAGCCGCUGAUAUCGAUCAGUCCAAAGCUCCUGAUUCCUCACUGCAACACGCCAGGCCAACCCCUUUCUUCAUGGAUCCCAUUUAUAGCAGGGUUGAGAAAAGGAAAAUGAACGAUCCGUUUGAAGCUCUGAAGGACAAGUACAUGAGACCGGCCCCAGGCUUCCUCUUUCACCCCCAGUUUCGUUUGCCCGAUCAGAGAACAUGGAUGUCAGCUAUUGAAAACAUGGCAGAGAAACUGGAGACUUAUAACUCCCUAAAACCAGAAGCCAGUGAUCUCAUACGGUCUGUCCCAUCCAUGUUUGACUUCAGGGCUCCUCCAAACGCUCUUCCUGAGAGCCUUCUACGAAAGGGCAAGGAGCGCUAUACCUGCAGGUACUGUGGAAAAAUAUUUCCACGAUCUGCAAACCUAACUCGCCACUUGAGAACUCACACAGGAGAGCAACCUUACAGGUGUAAAUACUGCGACCGUUCCUUCAGCAUCUCCUCCAACCUACAACGGCACAUCCGUAACAUCCACAACAAGGAAAAGCCCUUCAAGUGCCACCUGUGUGACCGGUGCUUCGGUCAGCAGACCAACCUGGACAGGCAUCUGAAGAAGCACGAGAAUGGCAACUUGUCAGGUACUGCCAUGUCCUCACCUCAGUCAGAACUGGACAGCAGCAGCGCUAUACUGGAUGACAAAGAGGACUCUUACUUCAACGAGAUACGGAACUUCAUCGGCAAUACGAGCCAGAACCACCGUUCCCCCGGCCAUUCAGAAGAAGGACUUAAUGGAAGCCAGUUUGAAGAGGAGAAGGGGCCGCUGCCCAGUCAGGAGUCCCGUGACCUGGAGGAGGAGGAAGUAGAGGACGACCUUGGGGUGGAAGAGGAGGAGGAGGAAGAGCAGAGCGACACUGCAGGCAAAUCUGGGGACGAGCCACUGCCAGGCAACAUGGACGAUGACAUCAUCCAUGAUGACAUUGACUUUGAGGGACCCAAUGACCUGGCACUGAACUGCAAGACAUCCCCUAGAAGGUAUAAAGAGGAGGAGGAGGAGGAAGACAAAAGUGGGUUUUCUGCUCUGGACCACAUCAGGCACUUCACAGACAUGCGCAAGAUGGAAGAGAACGAGUACAACGAUGCUGAAAUCGCAGCUUUCAGUGCCGCCCACCUGCCAGAAGCCAUCAAACAGCCACUGUACAGGAAGUCGAAAUCACAGGCGUACGCCAUGAUGCUGUCACUGGCAGACAAGGAUGCCCUGCACCCCCCCACUCACACUCCCGCCAACAUGUGGCACAGCAUGGCCAGGGCUGCGGCCGAGUCCAGCGCCCUCCAGUCCCUCAGCCACGUAUGACGCCUCCGGACCUGAACGGAAUGGGACCAAGUCCACUUUCUCGCCCUGACCUUUCACACGGGACUAUUUAAAGACUGCUGAGCAGAUUGCCUUACCCACUUCCAGGGUCACCCCGCUCCAAAACUUAAAAAGAAAAAGAAAGAAAAAGAGAAGAAGCAGCAUUGUGACCUUAAAUUGAUUAAAUAAUAAUAAUGAUAAUAAUAACUGUAUUUAUUCUGUCAAGUUUCCGUUUUGCACAGCAAGGGCAGCUGCUGGUUUCAAAGAUCAAUGUGAGAUUAAAGCAGUUUCGUAGAGCGUGUUCACAAAACCUGCCAAGCUUUGAGUCUUCCAUUUCCUAGCGAUUUGGCAAGGGGGUAUGUGCCAAUAGGAGCACGUGGAUCCAAUCCGAUGUGUACAGUAAAGAACAGUGGUAGGAAGGCAUUUGUUCCAUUUAUAUACAUAUAUAUUUUUGUGCAUUUCAAGUGUAAUACCCUUUAACCUUUACGAGGACUGUAGCUCUACAUAUGCAAAAAGCUCUGGCACAGCGCAGAGGCAUAGACCUGCUGAAGGGUUAACUUUUUUUUUUAGUUGUUUUCCGAGGAGUGAAAUAAAAAAACGUGCCUGAAGUUUCUUCACCUCUCAUUGCUGGAAAAAACAGGUUUAGGGUGAAGAGUCAGGCAACUUGGUAUGCAGUGCAAUACCAAUGGACUGCAAGCCGAUUCCAUUAAAACAAGACGUUUGAGAAGAUAAAUCCCUGUAUGAUAAGUAAAGAAAUGACAUUGUUGUGUGUUCUUGCACAAUUUAAGCACUGUCUACAAUUAUUAGGAAAAAAAAAAGGUUCUGUUUUGUAUUCCAUUGUAUCAUUGUGUAGUUCAUCUGUGUAAGAUUGUUUUUUUUAAUGGAAAACCACGACUUGUUAAUUUUUUGCAGAAUGCAAUGAAUUACAAGUGCUGAAGCCUGUCACUCAAUUAAGGGUCCAUUCAAGUCAAAAGCAUUUUUUUUCAAAGAUACCACUAAAUAGUCUUAAUGGUAGUUGUUAGCUACUUUGUUUUCCAUUUUUGUUUGAUUUUUAGACAAUCAUGUUUUCUUUUAUUGUCGUUGCUGCGUAUGUUCAGAAUUGUAUUUAUUUCUUGACAAACUGUAGUUUGUUUACUGAAUAGCACUGUUCCAAUCCACCCAAAGAUGAUAUCUUCGGUGGGCCUAAUUCAUAAGUAAAUGGGGUUUGUAGAAUAUGUAUGAGUGCCAGAUAGUAUUAAACAUUUCAUUUCGCUCUUUAUUCUUUUAUUGAGACUGGUUGAUUAAAUAGAUAUUAGGGUUUUUGUAUUACGAUUUACUGAUUCAAUUGUAAAAAAUAAAAAAUAGCAGGUAUUAUUUCUUCAUAACAGCAUGAUUCUUCUGAUUAGAACUGUACCUAAUUUUUUUUUCUACUGGUUGUCUGCAAGCUUGUGUGAUGUUCUGUUCAUGUUAAUCCUCUUUGUAAAAUGAAGUGUGCCAAACCUAUAAUAAAAUAACAGAUUAUAUGCGUUUAUUUUUUCCCUGUGAUGAGGGACCAGGUUUCUUUGUGUUGUUUUGUUUAUAAUCUCAUUUUAAAAUAAUCAGCAAGUUGAGGUACUUUGUUUUAAUGCUUUGUACAAUGUAACUGUAAUGCAUUUCAAUACAAUACUAUGGGAGGAGCAAUUAAAAGAAAUAAAGGACUACAAAUGUGG